UGGCGCCGGGCCCCUGCAUGGCCGGAGCGGGCCACCCGUCGGCCGGCAGGCCGCCCCCGGCCCGAGUGGGCUACUACGAGCUCGAGCGGACCAUCGGCAAGGGGAACUUCGCCGUGGUCAAGCUGGCCACGCACGUCGUCACCAAGGCGAAGGUGGCGAUUAAGAUCGUGGACAAGACGCAGCUGGACGACGAGAACCUGAAGAAGAUCUUCAGGGAGGUUCAGAUAAUGAAGAUGUUGCGGCACCCUCACAUCAUUCGCCUCUACCAGGUGAUGGAAACAGAACGGAUGAUAUAUUUAGUAACGGAGUACGCCAGCGGUGGAGAAAUCUUCGACCACCUGGUGGCUCACGGGCGGAUGGCGGAGAAGGACGCUCGGCGGAAGUUUAAGCAGAUUGUGGCGGCUGUGCAUUUCUGUCACUGCAGAAACAUCGUCCACCGCGACCUGAAGGCCGAGAACUUGCUGCUGGACCACAACCUCAACAUCAAAAUCGCAGAUUUUGGCUUUAGUAAUAUGUUCUCUCGGGGUCAGUUGUUGAAGACCUGGUGCGGGAGUCCUCCGUACGCAGCUCCAGAACUGUUCGAAGGCAAAGAGUACGACGGGCCCAAAGUGGACAUAUGGAGCUUAGGUGUGGUGUUGUAUGUGCUGGUGUGUGGUGCUCUCCCGUUCGACGGCAGCACUUUGCAGAACCUCAGAGCGCGAGUCCUCAGCGGGAAGUUCCGGAUUCCCUUCUUCAUGUCCACAGACUGUGAGUAUCUGAUCAGGCACAUGUUAGUAUUGGACCCCAGUCGCAGGCUGACCAUGGAGCAGAUCUGCAAGAACAAGUGGAUGAAGCAGGGAGACCCGGACCCCGAGUUUGAAAGGUUGAUAGCGGAAUGUGAGCAGGUGAAGACGGAGAGGGAGACCGAACUGAUCAACGAGCAGGUCCUGAUGGCCAUGUCUGAGAUGGGACUGGACCGAGAGCGCACCUUACAGUCGCUGCACACUGACGCAUACGAUCACUACAGCGCCAUCUACAGUCUGCUGCUGGACAGGCUGAAGAGGCACAAGACUCUCCGCGUGUCUCCGCCCACCCCGCGCCCCAUUGGCUACCCCCUCAACGCCGUGCAGGAUCAGGGUAACACUGUCAGUAUGACGGUUCCUCACGUUCAGCUCAUAAAUCCGGAGAACCAGAUUGUGGAGCCUGACGGGACGAUGGCACUGGACAGUGAUGAAGGGGAGGAGCCGAGUCCAGAAGCCAUGGCGCGGUAUCUGUCCAUGAGACGCCACACCGUGGGAGUGCCGGACCCCAGGGCGGAGAUGCAGGAGGAGCUGCAGAAGUUGGCCCCUGGUUUUGUACGGGCAGUCCCUCAGCCUCCAUUCCCCCCGCUGCCCCCCACCAUGACGCACAUCCCAGCGUUCAUGCCCACUCAGAGCCUCCAGCCCACACAGCAGCUCGAGUACAAGGAGCAGUCUCUCCUGCAGCCCCCUACUUUGCAGUUGUUGAACGGGAUGGGCCCGCUGGGUCGUCGAGCGUCGGACGGAGGGGCCAAUAUUCAGCUUCACGCCCAGCAGAUGCUCAAGAGGCCCCGGGGCCAGUCCCCACUCGUCGCCAGUCCUCACCCCAUCCCGGCUGUAGCUCCGGUGGAUGAGGAAGGUUCUGACGGAGAGCCGGACCCCGAGGCGGUGCAGAGGUACUUGGCGAACAGCUCCAAGCGGCACACCACACACACCGCGGGGAGCUCAGGAUACACCUCGUCCGAGCUCUCGGCAGAGGCGCAGAGAGCGAGACCGCGGGGCUGGACCCCCGAACACUCACGGUCGUCCUAUAAGGACUGCAACACUCUGCACCUGCCGAUGGAGCGCUUCUCUCCCGUGCGGCGGUUCUCCGACGGAGCCGCGACUAUCCAAGCUUUCAAAGCCCAGCUAGAGAUCAAACAGCUCAAACAGGAGUGUGAGCAGCUGCAGAAGAUGUACGCUGCCCCACAGGAUGAAAAACUACUGGAGCACACACAGCAACAGCACGUCCUCUACCAGCAAGAACAACAGAUCCUACACCAGCAAAUACAGGCCCUUUCUUUGGGACAUGGAGAGAACCAGCCCAGUCACCUUACCCACCAGCUUCAGAGGUUGCGUAUACAGCCCUCCAGUCCGCCACCCACGCAUCCCAACAACCACCUCUUCAGGCCAGCCAAUCAGAGUCCUCCUCCAGGGGGCCAGGCCAUGAUGCAGGGACACGGCGGACCGUCUGCCGUCCAGUUCCAGCACGCCCCUGACCUGUACCAGUCCUCCAGCGGCAGCCCACCCCCGAACGCCCUCCCCCGCAUGACGCUGCCCAACCAGCCGCAGCAGCAGCCCCCUGGCCCCGCCCACGCCCCCGUCCAUGCCCCCGUCGUCUUGCCGCAGGGUCUCCCACAGCAGCAGCAGGUGACCAUCCAGGUCCAGGAGGUGGAGCUGGCGGGCGGCGCCCAGCGGCAGGGUUUCCUAGCGACGCCGUGUCACCGAGUUCUGGGGAAGCAGCUGAGCGCGGACAAUGCCGAAACGCACAGUCGUAGCCUGGGCCGCUUCCAGUGCUCCACGUCGGCAUAUGACCACGCCCAGUUCAACGCCCACCUGACCAGCGGCGUGGUGGGCGCCUACAACCCCUACCUUCACGGGGCGUCUCUGAAGGUGCCGGGUCUGGAGGGUGGGUACCAAGGCGCCGGCGGUGCAGGGGCGGUGGGCUACGGCAGCCCUUCGGCUCUGCAGCAGGCCCUGCUGUCCCCGACCCCUCUGGAGUACCGCACAGCGGCACAGCAGCAGCACGUCACCCCCAUCCUGCAGGGCUUGCUGUCGCCACGCCACUCUCUGACAGGCCACGCCGACCCCCGUCUGCCCCCACAGGACCUGGCCGCUCUCCUGAAGCGCCAGAACCCCCGCCCGGCCCCGUCCCCUUCCCCGUCACAGGCCCCGCCUGCCCCGGGCCAGGCCCCGCCCCCUGCCGCCCCCACCCCGCAGGACUACAGCGAGAUGCUGCUGCUUCGGCAGCUGGCGCCGGCCUCCGAGGCCCUCGAGGCUCAGGCUCCGCCCCAGGCGCAGCACUACCACCAUCACCACCACCACCACCUGCUGCAGAUCCGCACCGAGUGCCCGCCCGCGCCCGCCCUGCCGCACUCCGAGAGCAUGGAGGAGGACGACGACGUCCCACACUUCCACGACGGCCUGCUGGCCAAGGCGCCUGCGCCCGGACCCUGUGCCGACGGACACGAGCUGCUGGCUCCGCCCCGUGGGGAAACGCCCCCUUACUCCUCCCCCACGCACAGACACGCCUACAUGCGGGGCGCGACGGCACAGAGAGCUGGUGGAGAUGUAGACUGUAGGGUGUUGGUUAUGGAGGGAGAUCCUAACGGAGCUGGUUACGGCUCUCGUCCUGCGCAGGGCGACUCCUAUCGGCACCGCGGCUCGCUGCAGCGCCACCACACCAUCCAGACCGCUGACGACGCUUAUGACCAGGCGGACCCAAUGUCUGGAAUGAGCUUAUUGGAUGGGAAGGCAUUAAGCUCUGCCCGCAUGUCGGAUAUCCUCAGCCAAACGUCUCUAACAGGAAGCCAGCAGCUGCGUCAGAGGGAGGAGUCGGUGUGUGAUGUGGAGGGAGAGCUGCAUUCGGCUGCCUGUUACCCCUCCUCCUGUACCAGCGACAUGCUGCUAACCUACAAACCCCAGGACCUUCAGUACAGCAUGGAGCAGGCCGGGGUCUAAAUACACAGGGGUUCGCGCAGUGUACAAAGCUCCAUAUCCGUCUCCUGUGUUCAGCUGCGUCAUGCCAAAAUGCCAUCGUCUGUCUAUAGGGGGCGCUGUGGGUCCUGUAGUCGUGUCCAGCAGCCGGGAUGGAGGGAUGGGGGAGGGGAGGGGAGGGGGGGUGCUGUAUUGAAGAGUCUGGGGAGGGAGGGUCCCUACAGAUUCCGAAAAGAAGAGUCACUUUGGUUGCGUUUUUAUUUUUUUUAUUUUUAAUUUUUAUCGCUCUUCCGUUUGAUUGGACAAAUAGGGCGCCAGGCCCCGCCCCUUCAUCAUCCACCACUCCUCCCUCUGCCCUGACAAAACCCUCCCUCUCCUCUUUCACCUUCCUUGUUUUACCCCACCCCUCUCUCGCUGUCUCUCUGUUGGGUAAAUGUUGCUGUAGCAACGCGUAUCGCGCCUCAAAGUACAAGGCAAACACGGUCUUACGUGAACACACACACACAGACACACACACACACACACACUCACACACACACACACACAGACAUAUUUAUCGAACGCAGAGUUUCACGUCAGCCACAAACCCAAAGUAUUUCACGUUAAAAAGCCUGUGCUGCCCCGCCCCCCUCUCCUAAUCCCGCCCCCUCAUACACGCCCCCUCACACACACCCCUGCCGCCGUGCUGCAGUGGAUCAUUCCGGAUGGGGCUGUAAUGCAGCCCAGUGGGGCCCUCUCUCAGACCCACCCAUUCCACCAGCCCGGGAGGGGUGUUCGUAUUUCUAUUUUAUUUUUAUUUUUACUUUUAUUUUUAUUUUUAAUUUUUUCGGACAGGCUCUUGCAAUCGCACAGGACGACCAGCUCUCAUCUUUUUUUGUUUUAUUUUUUUUGUCUCUCUCACUCUCUCUCUCUCUCUCUCUCUCUUUCUCUCUCUCUCUCUUAUUUUUUUUAAAUGCAUUUUUAUGGCUAAUGUUCAUGUAGGAAAUUAUGAUCAUUAUUAUUAUUAUUGUUAUCCUUGUUUUCUGUAAAAGAAGUUUUAUGGUUAUAAAAAUUAUAAUGAUGAUUAUUAAUAUUAUUAUUAUUAUUAAAAGAAGAAAAACAGUUCUGUGUUGCAAAAAAAUGGCAAAAAAAACAAGAAAAAAACAGCGUUUUGGGUUUUUUUCUUUCGAUCACUGCACUUUCCGUUUAAGUGGUUUCGUUUUGUUUAUUUGUUUUUUUUCUUGUUUUGGCUUUGCUUUCGCAGCUUCAGUUGCCUCCACCUUUCCUUAGAUCAGCCCUCUUCAUUCCAUCUCUCUCUCUCACUCUCUCUCUCUCUCUCUCUCACGCGCCUCAUCACCCUCUCCCCGCGUGGCCGACAGUGUGGUGCGCCGUGGCUCGUUUAAAGACGUUUCUCUCUCUUCUGUACAGUGACGCCAUGUAUAGAUUGCCAAACGCUGUUUCUGUAUCAAAGCUUUCUUUCUUUUUUUUAUUAUUAUUAUUAUUAUUAAUUUCUUUUUUUGGCGAUGUCGGGAGGCUAUUUUUAUAUAUUGUUUUAUUAUGUGUAUUUUUUUGAACGUCUCUGAUGUUUUUUCUCUACAAAUGUAAUUUUUUUUGUGUUGCUUUUCUUUUCAUUUUCUUUUCAUUUUCUUUUUUUUUUUAGCCAAAAGAGGAGACGACGACGGGAGAGAGACACUCUUUUUGAUUUUGAUUGUUUUCUUAUCAUUUUAAUACAGAAGCAGAGUGUAAUUAUUAUUAUUAUAAUUAUUAUUAUUGUUAUUAUUAGUAUUGUUACGAUUAGUAUUUUUGUCGCUUUUAAAUCAUUUCACUUCUGUCGUGUCGUCACGGUCACUGUUGUUCACGUCUGGACUUGUUUGAGAGAAAGAAGGAGAUGCUAAUUGACCCGUUGUCCACGUUUGGAGUCCAGAACUUCAGAUCUUCCCCGUCCGGCGUUCACAUUCGUACCCUAAACCUCAGAGACAGACUGUUCAAAAGAGAAGCUGAGCUGAAAUGCUAACGUUGCUAAGAUUGAAAGAAAACAGAUUAGCGUUAUUAUAAAGAUAUAGUGCUAACUAGUGGCCGCUAGCUUACGUUCAGAGUUAGCCACGUUAACCAAUCGUUCACACUGUUCAAAAGAGUGGCUGAGCUAAAAUGCUAAUGUUGCUAAGAUCGAAAGGAGCUAAAAUGCUAAUGUUGCUAAGAUCGAAAGGAGCUAAAAUGCUAAUUUUGCUAAGCGUGAAAGAAAACAGAUAGCAUUUUUGUAAAGAUAUGCAUUCAGAGUUAGCCACGUUAAUACAUUUGCAUCUUAGACCUUAAAAACUCUUUCAAAGAGUGUUUGAGCCUAAAAUGCUAAUGUUGCUAAGAGUGAAAUAAAGCAGUGUCAAUAAAAAGAUACAGUGCUAACUAGUGGCUGCUAGCUUGCAUUCAGAGUUAGCUGUGUUAACAGAGUGUUUACAUUUGCACCCUUAAACUGAAAGAUACUGUUUAAAAGAGAGGCUAAACUUAAAUGCUAAUGUUGCUAAGAGAGAAAGAAAACAGAUUAGCUUUUAUUGAAAAGAUGUAGUGCUAACUAGCGGCUGCUAGCUUGCAUUCAGAGUUAGCCGUGUUAACGGAGCGUUUACGUUUGCUUCUUAGACCUUAAAAACUCUGUAAAAGAAUGGUUAGCUCUUUUAACAGUGUUAGCAUUUGCACCCUUAAAGACGCUGUUUAAAAGAGGAAUUGAGCUAAAAUGCUAAUGUUGCUAAGACUGAAAGAAAACCGAUUAGCUUUAUUGAAAAGAUGUAGUGCUAACCAGCGUCCACCAGCGUAUACUCACAGUUAGCCAUGUUAUCAGAGCAUUUACAUUUACCUCUUAACCCCUGAGGGGAGACACCUCAGAGAAGUGUGUCAGAACAUGCUAAUGUUGCUAAAAGUCAAAGAAAUGAGCUAAAAUGCUAACAUGGCUAAAGAUGAAAGAACAGACUUUACAUUUGCAUCCGUAACUGUAAAAGUCAGACAUCUUAAAGAAGUUGCCAAGCUAAGAAUGCUAAUGUUGCUAAAUGUGAAGGAAAAUGAAAACAGCUAUUAGUUAGCAUCACUGAAAGGAUGCCAUGCUAACUGGUGGACACUAGCUUGUAUUCACUGUUAGCCACAUGAACAGGGCGUUUGCGGCUUGACCCUUAAAGGAGUUGAGCAGGCAAAAAUGCUAAUGUGGCUAACAGUGAAUCAUAGCAAAUAAGACAGCAUGCUAACUUACGGCUCCUAGCAUAUAUUGACAGUUAGCCAUGUUAACAGAGGGUGUAGAAUUGCUUGCUAACCCUUAAAACCCUAAAGGAGUAGUUGAGGUAAAAUGCUAAUGUGGCAAAUGGUGAGUGAUAGCAAAUAGCCACACAUUAGCAUUAUUAAAAAGACAGCAUGCUAACUAGCGGCUACUGUCUUGUGUUUGCAGUUAGCCUUCUUAACAGAGGAUUUACGCUGUGUCUGAAACUUUUAAAGGACUAGUUGAGCUAAAACCGCUAAUAUUGCUGUGUGUGAAAACAAAAGCUAAUAGCCAUUGAUUAGUAUUAUAUUAGUACUAUAUUAAAUAAUUAGUGGCUAUUAGCAUAUGUUCAUGGCUAACAGGUUAACUAUGCUAAAUGUUUACCAUUCCUUCGUAACCCUGAAGGGCAGAACGUUUGAGGUAAAAAUGCUAACAUAGCUAACAGUGAGUCAAGCUGUGAAUCAGCAUUAUGGAAAUGAGUUGAUGCUAACGGGUGGCUAUAAGCACAUAUUCACGUUUAGACAUGCUAACAGGAGAGUUCAGCUAAAAAUACCCAUGAAUUAGCAUUAUUAUGAAGAGAGAUCAUGCUAACUAGCAACGUUAGCAUGUUUUCUCAGGCUUUUCCUUUAAUCUCUCGGCUCUGAAAGACUCAAACGGCCCUUGGUCAGCGGAAAGUGGACAGUACGGUCAGUUUAGUGUCAGUCAAACCUGCGGAAUUAGUUUAACUUUUAACGAUGUCGUUUAGCCCAAAGAGGUAUUUGUCCAAAGCGAUUUGUUUUAGCGAUAUUAGCUUUUUGCAGUUCAGAUACAACAAACUGAGUUAUUCAUGCUCCGCCCACGAUUGUGUUCUUUCUUAGCAACUGUUGCUAGGUUGAACAAGCUUUACGGGCAGUUUUUGUUUAGAUUCGCUAAAUAACAACGAGUUUUCAGUUUAAAGUGCUACGUCAGUGACCUGGACAGAGUUAGCCUAACAUGCUAACGUUAGCACAGUUACGAAUUUUUAAAAAAAUUACGUUCGGUUUAUCGUAACAGUGUGACCUUAUAUUUACAUACAUUUGUGCAAAUGUGGGCGGAGCCUGGAUAGAACAGUGUAAAGUGUCGAGCUGAUUAGCAACAAGUGAAGUGCACUAGUGCGCACUACAGAGCGUACAAGGUGAGAUUAGGGACGAGACCCUUCAUUGAUGGAGUUAAAAUCACCAGGUUGUGGUCUAGAGUGCAUUUCUCUGUGCGCGGCUUUGUGUUUGAGGCGUCGACUCGCGUCGUCCCACCGAGCCCCAGGUGCAUGCUGGGCUUUCUCUGGCCCCUCUUUGAUGAAGGCUGCGUCCUCGUUGUCCCAUCUUUCAUCCUGUCCUCCUCUUCCCUUCCUCCUCCUCUUCCGUUUUCCCUUCUACUUUCAUUUUGUCCUUCUUGUUUUUAUUUUUGUUUUUUUGUUUGUUUUUGUUUUGGAGUACAAAAAAUACUAAAGUGAAACAACAAUGGUUAAAAAAAGAAUUCCAAACAAACUGAGAUGAAUAAUAAAUAUAUAUAAAUAAAGAAAUAAUGCAAAAGGAUUCAAAGAACGGUGUCGUCUUCAGUUCUUCACAGCUGAGAUUGUUCUGCAGUGCCGGUUCUGCUCCUGGGCCUGCUGGAUGGAUGAUGAAGUUCCACUGCAGGAAGUUUCUCAGUACUUUAAGGAUGUCAGGCAAACCUCAAGUCAAGUCCCGAGUCAGUACGAGCAAGCCUCAAGUCGAGUCCUAAAUAGUUCAGGCAAGGUUGAGUCUUGAGUAAGUAUGAGCAAGCCUCAAGUCGAGUCCUGAGUAGUGCACUGAGGUCAAGUUCUGAGUAGUGCACCGAGGUCAAGUUCUGAGUCAGUAUGAGCAAGCCUCAAGUCGAGUCCUGAGUAGUGCACCCAGGUCAAGUUCCGAGACAGUACAAGCAAGCCUUGAGUCCUGAGUGAUGCAGGCAAGGUC